AUGAAUCUCCAUUCAGCGAUGGCACCCCGUGUUUGCAGCAGCAGCAGCUCCUUAGAGAAGAAUAUGGGUUGCAAGUCGACGAUGGUAGAGUUCAUGGCAUAUCAUGACGAUGCUCAGGAGAUUAUGUUCGACUCCUACGACAAGGCGACAUUCACGCAAUGGCAACUCCACCAAGCAGCCGAUCCAGAUUAUAGGGAAGGAGCAUCAGACGCCGUUGAUCAGUGUUUGGCGAAUGACAAGUCGAACGGAGUCUUUAGUGUCUCCCUAGAGAGGGAUGUAAAUGACAAUGAAAUCCCCGGUCAAAUACUCACUGUGACGCACGCUGCCGACAGUCGAUGCAGCUCCGCAUGGCAGUCAUUUGAGUCCGUUGAAGAACUCUCUGGUGAUCUCUCCGUGGAGGAAAAGCUCCCGUUGAACGCCAGUGUUGCCAAAGCAAAUUCAUUGUCCCUUCAUCGCCUCACGGCAGAGGUGUUACGUGCAUACAAACAAAUGAAACUUGUCGUCCAGCAACGUAUUUACAGGCAAUAUUAUAUAAAUUGGAUGCGGUUCCUUACACAGAGACCGUCAAGGACGGUAGAAACACAAACAAGAGAAAAUGAUGUUUUGUGUGCAGCAAAUCCAGGAGGCGCCUUGACCCACAGUGUUGUACGGGUAUCUGCAAUUGAUGUCCUAUCACUAUCCCUACCCUCUUUAACCUCUGCCUGCAGAAGCGAAGUUGGCGCACGUGAUGAUGCUAGUGGUAACCGCACGCAAUGCGAUCUGCGUGAGGGCUACCAGCCAAUAUUAUUUUCUUCACGGAAUGUAUCCGUCACACCCCUUUGCGAUCCUGCGAAUUGGCCGAGAAAACCGCCAUCGUCUCUGUCAAUACGGUCACGAAGCGCACCCUUCCCCCUACAAGAUUACGGCCGCCGGUCGUCGCCGCCAAAACGGGCUGUCACACAGCUCCCCAUGUUUCCUCACGUAACUUUACCCCUCCUUCUGGACACUGGCUGCCACGUCACGGUUUACCAACCCAACACUCUAAAGUAA